AUGCGUAUGUGCAUCAACUACAAGCAGUUGAAUAAAUUGACCAUUAAGAAUAAGUACCCCCUACCGAGGAUAAAUGAUCUGUUUGACCAGUUUCGAGGAGCUUUGAUUUUCUCUAUGAUUGACCUUCGAUCUGGAUAUCAUAAAUUAAGGGUUAAAGAGGUUGAUGUUCAUAAGACAACAUUUAGGACUCGUUAUGGUCACUACAAGUUCCUAGAUAGUAAGGUGGUAGCCUAUGCGUCUCGUCACCUUAAGACCCAUGAGGUAAAUUAUCUGACGCAUGACUUGGAGUUGCCAGCUAUGAAGGAACUUAAUCUUAGGCAGCGCAGAUGGAUUGAGCUGCUUAAAGACUAUGACUGCACCUUUGAAUACCACCCUGGUAAGGCCAAUGUGGUGGUUGAUGCACUGAGCCCUAGGGCCAUACUAAGAGAGGCGCAUGGUAACCCUUAUUCUAUGCAUCCUAGCGGAAAUAAGAUGUAUCGAGACUUCCAUGAGUUAUAUUGGUGGCCAGGGUUAAAACGUGAGGUUACUGAUUUUGUGGGCAGAUGUCUGACUUGCCAGCAGGUUAAGGCUAAUCAUCAGUUACCUUCGGGUUUGCUGCAGCCGAUUAAAAUACCUUUUUGGAAAUGGGAUCUCGUAACUAUGGAUUUCGUUAAUGGGUUGCCUCUACCACCCACUAAAAAGGAUUCAAUAUAG